AUGUUGUAUGUAAAUGUAGUAGUACUUCUCAAAGAAGGAAAAAUAGCCCUAUAUUUCCGAUCUAAAACCUUCCGCGAAUAAAAAAUCAAUAGAAAAAACAAACACUCGAACAAAGAAAGAAUCAUAAUUCAUAACAUACACACGCCCUCUUUCCUUCUCUCUACUUUCUCUCUCUUCUUUUGGUUCACUCCAAACGACAUUCCAUCCUUCUUGCCAUAAAUUUCUUGUAAUUCUUUAUUCUACAUGCAGAUUUUCUCCAUCAUUUUUGUUAUUAUACAAGUUUAGUCUAUGAAUUUCGAUUUUCGAAGAACAAAUUGGGGACCAAAAUUAGGGUUUUUGAAGUUUUGUGAUGUCAGUUCUAUUCAUUUUAGUGAAUAAAUGCUCAUUCCCGGGGAUCUAGGGUUUCGCGUUGCUGUUUUCUUCAUUUUCGUAUUUUUUCCAGCGACUUUUUUCCUUCUCCGCCGAAAAUGGCGGCUUGCGGUUGCUAGACAGGAGGAGAUCAAUCGUUUACUUGUUCAAGCCUCCGAAGAGGCUGCUCGAGCUGAGGUUGAAGCUUCGUUUGGUUAUAGCUCUUCAAUUUCGAUUUCGUCUCUUCGUGUCUGUGCUGUUUGUUUCACCCCUACUGCCAAUCGAUGUGCUAGAUGCAAAGCAGUUAAUUACUGCUCUGGCAAGUGUCAAAUUAUUCAUUGGAGACAAGGUCACAAGGAUGAGUGCCAUCCAUCAGUGAGUAGUGCUGAGAUCCAUGAGGGAUAUGUGGGUGAUCCUAUUAAGCAACAAUGUUUUACUGAUGAAAAUGUGAAUAGUGGAUUACUUGGUGAAGAAGUUGGAACUGCACAAGAGAAUCUGAAUCCCACCCAACCUGUAUUCGCCCCAUUUGACAACUGUGAGAAUGAGAAGACUUCUGUUACUUUUCCUUGUGAAGGAGAUGAGCUAGAGCCUCAAGCUGAUUUAAAUGGAAUUUUGGGAGCAUCUCAAUCACAUGCAUUUUCUUCAAGUGAUGGCAUGUGCAUUGAUGAUUCCAGCUCUGAUAUUGAUAGUAUACAUGAUCUUAAAUCUGAUUUAUCUGAUUCUUGCUCCACUCCUGAUAACCCAGAGACUUCCUCAACUGGUCGGAUUGUGGAGCAAACUAAGCCAUUGGAGGAAGAAGCUUAUUCAAGGGUGGAAUCUAAUGAUGAUACGGACACCACUUCUGGUGAUUCCAAGGAAGAAGAGCUAAGUAAAGCAGCUGGUUAUUCAGCUUUGAACACCAGUCGCUCUGAUAAGAACUUAUUGAAACCUUCAAUAGCCACAUCUGGUUUUUGGGAAGGUACUCUUGACUAUUGUAAAACUAAACAACACUUGAAAAGCUCUAAUGCCAAGCUGGAAGCUGGUGGAUUAGAGAAUAUCGUAUCAGAUAUGCAUUGUCAAGGGCUGGAAUCAUCACCUGACACUCUUCCUGUUAUGGCUAGCACAAGUAAGCUUGCUAGAGAGCCUACUUUUACAGAAAAGGAUCAGAGAGAUCCUAGAAGACAUCUUAACUCUACAACCUCGGGCGCUAAGGAUCCUGCAAACAGAGUUAGGGUGAGUAAUAGUGAUGGGUAUUUGGUGAAGUCCGGACAAGUUCGAGCUACCGAAGAAACUUUUAAAUAUAGUUCUCGACCACUGUAUGCUUCAGAGAAGGAAAAUGAUUUGGACCAAGGCUCUAAAGAUGUGCUGCGUUCAUUGGUUUCAAAGAAAGUUGAAUUGUCAGCAAAAUCUUAUGGUCCAUCUGCCAUGAAGGAUCCUAUUGCCCCAUCCAGAAAAUCCGUUAAAUCUAGUAAAGGUGCUGCUGUAGCCACUCAAGUAACCCCAACUGCCACAGUGGGACUAAAAACAUCAGUGCUAAAAGUUGUUGAGCAGUUGAGAGCUCCAAAAUUGUUGAAACAGGGUGAUGAUGUAAAAAACACUGAGAAGGCUGUUUUUUCUUAUGAGUUGUUUGUUAAGCUUUAUCAUUGGAACAAGGUGGAGCUGCGACCAUGUGGAUUAAUAAAUUGUGGUAACAGCUGCUAUGCCAAUGUUAUCCUCCAAUGCUUAGCAUUUACCCCACCGCUUACUGCUUAUCUUCUUCAAGGACUUCAUUCUAAAGCAUGUGCAAAGAAAGAAUGGUGCUUUCUAUGCGAGUUUGAAAGGUUGAUCUUAAAGGGAAAGGACGGGGGUUCUGCACUUUCUCCAAUAGGUAUACUAUCCCAAAUACAGAAAAUCGGGAGCCAUCUUUCUAGUGGGAGGGAGGAGGAUGCACAUGAGUUUCUGAGGUAUGCUAUUGACACGAUGCAAUCUACAUGCCUACAAGAAGUUGGUGGGAUUGCUACUGGAUCUUUACAGGAAGAAACAAAUCUUUUGGGGCUAACUUUUGGAGGUUAUCUUCGCUCAAAGAUAAAAUGUACGAAGUGCCGUGGUAAAUCUGAGAAACACGAGAGGAUGAUGGAUCUUACUGUUGAGAUAGGGGGAGACAUAGAAACUUUGGAAGAUGCUUUGCGGAAAUUUACAGGAACUGAACCUCUUGACGGAGAAAACAAGUACCAUUGUGGCAGGUGCAAGUCUUAUGAAAGAGCAAAAAAGAAACUAGACAUAUCAGAGGCUCCCAAUGUCCUUACCAUUGCGCUAAAGCGGUUUCAGUCAGGGAAGUUUGGAAAGCUUAAUAAGGCAAUUGGAUUUCCAGAGAUUUUAAAUUUAGCCCAUUAUAUGAGGAGCGGGAGUGACAAAUCACCCAUAUAUAGACUUUAUGGGGUGGUGGUUCACUUGGAUAUUAUGAAUGCAGCCUUUUCGGGUCAUUAUGUGUGCUACGUUCGAAACGCACAUAAUAAGUGGUACAAGAUUGAUGAUAGCAUGGUCAAGGCUGUGGAAUUGGCUAGUGUACUAAGCAAGGGAGCAUAUAUGCUCUUCUACUCAAGAAUCUCUCCACGUGCUCCAAAGUCUAUUAGAAGUGCUAUGGUUUGUCGUGAUUUGUCAAGUAAGGUCAAGGUUGCUGAGGUUGAUGCUUCUCGGAGUAGUGCGAAGAUUACUAAUUCAAGACUGAAAGAUCCAUCUACGCUCGCCAGUCGGGCUCCAGAUAAUUUGGCCAGUCCUGGCUAUGUUUAUCAAAAUGGAACAAGCUCGCCCCCUGUACGAAAUAAUAUUCUUGAUGUUGACUCGUCUAGUGAUAAUUCUUCCUUAUUUAGCCACUCAGAUGAAGUCUCAAGUAGUACUGACAGCAACAGGGAGUCUAUUAGUGCAGAUGAAAUUUCCGAGUAUAUUUUUGGUUUCAAUGCCUUUUUCAGGCAAUCUUCAGAUUCAGAGACGUCCUCUUCCUCCUCGUGCUCAUCUUCUCCUGAAUACACGAGGCUUUCACCCCUUUCCAGUUCAGAGAGGUAUGCUUCUGCCAAUCCGGAUGAUAAUGCUCAACCAGUUCUGACAGAGGUAUCUAGACCUGUUGAAUCAGGUUCAUUUUUGCAUUCUAACACUAGUAGCAAGCAAGUAACGAAAAAUCUAGUACAUAUUAGUAGUAGUAGUUGUAGUAAAGAGGCUGAGGCCGAGAAAUUAGGAUGGGCUAACUCGUUGGGUAAUGAAAAAUCUGGUUCUGGUGUACAUCUGAGACGAUCUUGUAGGAAGAAAUCAGAUUUAAGUAAUUCCAUUAUAUAAUAUUAAUUGUUAAGAAGGAAUAAAUGUUUUUACCGCAAGUUUUCCCUCUUCCCCCAAUUAUUUUUCUUGAUCUUUUUGUGGGGAAAGGGGUCGGAAAUAUUGUAUGUAUUAACUUGUUACAUUUGUAUUUAAUGAGAAGGUAUAAAGAAAUGAAAAUUUUUACUUCA